AUUAUGCAGCAGGAAAUCAGGCCCUUGGUGGCAGUGGAUAUAAUAGAACAACUUCACAGACAAUUUGUCAUUCUGUCAGGUGGCCGAGGGAGAGACGGUGCCCCCAUCAUCACUUUCCCAGAGUUUGCGGGGUUCAAACACAUCCCAGAUGAGGACUUCCUGAAUGUCAUGACCUAUCUGACUAGCAUCCCCAGUGUGGAAGCAGCCAGCAUUGGAUUUGUCAUCGUUAUUGACAGACGGAGGGACAAGUGGAGCUCCAUAAAGGCAUCCUUGACACGAAUCGCUGUAGCGUUUCCAGGAAACCUGCAGCUCAUCUUCAUCCUGCGUCCAUCCCGCUUCAUCCAGAGGACCUUCACUGACAUUGGCAUUAAAUACUAUCGUGAUGAGUUUAAAAUGAAAGUGCCGAUCAUCAUGCUAAAUUCUCCUUCUGAUCUCCAUGGCUACAUUGACAAAAGCCAACUCACCCAGGAACUAGGGGGAACCUUGGAAUAUCGCCAUAAUCAGUGGAUAAAUCACCGAACUGCCAUUGAAAACUUUGCCGUGACAAUAAAGACCAUGGCCCAGAUGCUCCAGAUGUUUGGGACCUGCCUUGCAGAGACUGAGCUGCCCAGAGGCUUGCAGUCCACCGAAGACCUUCUGUUGGCCCACGUGAGGCAGCAGACCCAACUGAUGGAUGAGCUGAAGUCACUUCGGAAGCAAGGGUCCACACUGCUGUCAUGCAUCCAAGAGCCAGCCACCAGCACUCCCACCAGCCACCGCAAUGCCAAUGACGUUGAGAACGUCGCUACGAUGGGAAGGUUAUUAGUUCAGUUGGAUGAAACUGAAAAAGCCUUUAAUCGCUUUUGGGCUGAACAUCACCUGAAGCUUAACCAGUGCCUGCAGCUGCAGCGCUUUGAGCACCGUUUUUGUGAGGUCAGAGUUGCCUUGGACAACCUGUUGGAGGAGCAAGCAGAGUUGACAGACCUCGGCGACAGUGUGAUGCGUGUGCAACACCUGCUUCAGGAACAGAAGAAGCUGGAGAGAAAAGGCCAGGAGUCUUUGGAAGAGGCCCAGCUGUGUGCCUUCACCGGGGACCGGCUCAUCCAAAGCCAUCACUAUGCAGCGGACGUCAUCAGGCCCAGGUGUGCGGAACUCAGGCACACCUGCGAUGACUUCGUCAAUGAAAACAAGAAAAAACGUGACCUCUUAAGGAAGUCUUUGGAGCUGCAUAGGCAGUUGGACCAGGUCAGCCAGUGGUGUGAAGCGGGAAUCUACCUCUUGGCUUCCCAAGCUGUCGACAAGUGCCAAUCCCGAGAGGGAAUUGACAUCGCCAUGAACGACAUUGAGACAUUCCUGGGCACAGCCAGGGAGCACCAGUUGCCCAGCCCCAAGGCAUUUUACAACCAAUUCGAGUUGAUACUCACGCAGGACAUAAAGGCCAAUGCCCAGAAAGUCCUGCAGAAGCUGAGGGAUGUGCAGGAAAUAUUUGACAAAAGGCAAGUAAGCCUGAAGAAGCUAGCAGCCAAACAGACUCGCCCAGUGCAGCCUGUGGCCCCUCAUCCCGAGUCUUCCCCAAAAUGGAUGUCCCCACCAACAGACCAGCUCUCAGCCUUGGAUUCUCCUCAGAAAAUACCCAAGGACCCUCAUACGGAGGCCGGUGUGAACUUCCUGGAAAAGGAAAGUGACGAGACUAAAUGCGAAGUUAAGAAUGAAGAAACAGCGGAAAGCAGUCGAGACGUGGAGAACCCUCACCUGCUGGAGCAGCUGGACUCUCUGGACAACCUUGCCCCCAUCAGGCACAUUAUACAGGACUUGCUUGAGACUGAAGACGUCUAUAUAAAAGAAAUCAAGAGCAUAAUUGAUGGAUACAUCGUGCCUAUGGACUUUAUUUGGCUGAAACAUCUGAUUCCAGAUGUUCUCCAAAACAACAAGGACUUUCUCUUUGGGAACAUUAGAGAGCUUCAUGAGUUUCACAGCAGGACUUUCCUAAAAGAAUUGGGAAAAUGCACUGACAAUCCUGAACUUCUGCCACGCUGCUUUCUCAAGAGAAAAGAAGAGCUUCAAAUAUAUUUUAAAUACCACAAAAACCUGCCCCGAGCUAAGGCCAUCUGGCAAGAAUGUGAAGACGGUGCCUACUUCGGGGUAUGCCAGCGCCAGUUGGAUCACAAGCUCCCUCUUUUUAAGUAUCUUCGAGGACCAAGUCAGAGACUUAGAAAAUACCAGAUGCUGUUGAAGGGCCUGCUGGAUUUUGAGUUUCCUGAGGAUUUGGAGAUAGACCCCACUGAACUAGAAGGCGCUUCGGCCAAGGAUCGGCCAAAGAAGACCCAGGAUUCCGCAUUCUCAGCCGAGCUCCAACAAGCUUUGCUCAUGAUGGAGGAUCUGAUCACGUCGUGUGAGUUGGCGGUGGACCUGGCAGCUGUCACUGGGUAUCCGGAUGACAUAGGCAAGCUGGGCAAGCUGCUGAUGCACGGUCCUUUCAACGUCUGGACGGUCCACAAGGAGCGCUACACGAUGAAGGACUUCAUGCGCUUUAAACCCAGCCAGAGGCAAAUCUAUCUGCUUGAAAGAGGAGUCAUGUUCUGUAAGAUACGCGUGGAGCCCAGGGACGGGGGCUUAUCUCCUCACUACAGCUUUAAGAAGUCUAUGAAGUUGACGUCACUUUCGAUCCAUGAAGUCGGGAGAGGGAAUAACAAGAAGUUUGAAAUUGCCAGUCGAAACGGACUUGAGAAAUACAUCCUCCAGGCAACAUCCAAAGAAGUUAGAGAUUGUUGGUUUUCAGAAAUCAGUAAAUUACUGAUGGAACAACAAAGCGGUGUGAAAGGCCAAGACAACCUACAGUUUGAAGCAAAUGCAAGCAAAGACAACAGAGUGGAACAUGGGUCUUGGAUGGAAAACAUGGAAACAGCUACCAACAGCAAAGAGGGCCCCGGCUUCAGCACCUGUGGGAUUCCAGGCCGCUCCAGCAGGGACAUCAGCUCCACGGAAAUCUUUGAAGCAAGUGAAGGUGCGGAAGAUAUGGAAAAGGAGAGCAGUGCUCUGAGUCUCUCCGGGCUUUCCCCGCUGGAGGACAGUUCUGAAACCGCCUCCCUCAGAUCUGUCCCGGCGGCGGGAGGGGGUCUCCGGGGAGAAAGAGAAGAGUUCCAGGAGGAAGACAGGGCAGCGCCCGGAUGUCCACCGGCCCACACGGCCAAGGACCGCUUCCCCGAGAACUGACGCUCCUUCCUCAGACACCCUUCCUUGACGCCUGUCGGUGGGCUGCUGGCUCAGCUGAGCUGCCCGUGCUGUUCUCACUGGGAGAGAGCGUGCUGCAGUGGGUGCUGAGGGGUGCAGCACCCACCUCCGGCUGGCGACUGGGGCUCUCCGAUCCAUAAGAGGCCGGCCUGGAGGGCAUGGCCCGGGGCUUCUCCACGCUAGUACAAUUAUUUCACAAUCCAGCCUCUUGAUCUGGAUAAGUCUCUGUUGUGACUCUGUGGUGUGCAUUGUAAAUGUUGGGCAGCAUUCCUGGUCACUACCCAGCAACGCUGCUGUUACCACGUCCUGUUGUGACAACCCUUACCUAUCCCCCUUAAAAAACCAUCUUCAGACAUUGCCAAGUUUCUCCUGGAAACAAGAUCAGUUGAGAAGCGCUGAUCCCAAACCCCGGAGGAGGGGAAGCCCAUCUAAACCCCCUGUCACUCCCCUGUCAGAAGCCCUGGCAGGCUCUGUAGUUGGAUGCCCAGUGCUUGUGUUACUUAGGGCCGGCUUGUUUCUCUGCAGAGAGGAUUGUUUUCCAUGCUAACUUGGGAAGCAUUUACCUUUAGUCAUUCAUUAUUUUGAUUCUGAGUUAUUUCAGCUAUUUGCUUUUUUUAUUUUCAUUUCACUUGUUCGUUGUUCACUGACUUGCAUUUCAUUUAGUUCUCUGUUUAGUUGUUUCAUUUCAUAGCUUUAAAAAAGUCCUGCUUUCGGUUGCUUUGUUGGCGAGGGUACUCUAUUCUAGAGUUAUCAUUGUGUGGCUCAUUUCUUCGUUCUUUUGUUUUAAGAAGUCUAUAUAUUUUAAACCCAGUUUUAGAAUCAUUUUCAUUAGUUUUUCUAUUAUAAACAACUAAGUGAUUUUCAGAGACGUACUAUUUUUAGUGACUGAAGUUAUUUAUUUGUACAGUUACUUAUUUAACUAUUUAAAAUGACUAGAAUUUAUUAGUUAUUUAAUAUUCGAGUUAUUUAUUUUCGGAGUGAAACGUUUUGUUCUUUUUAGGAGGAAUGUCUUUAGUUAUCUAGUUUUAGAAUUACUUAAGUUCACAGUUAUUUAUUUUCAGUUACUUUAGAUUCUGGGUUGUUUAUUUUUACAUCCAUUUAUAGUUUGUCUUUUGUCUGUAUUUAAUUUUUGAACCUUCAAUCUUAUGACGUUUAUUCCCAGAGGUUUUGAAUAUAAUUUUUGAGUUUUUUGUGGAUUACCUAAUCCCAGACAUUUCUUCACAACGUAUCUUUACCAUUACUUUAUUUUCUGCGCUGUAUUUUUUUUUUUUAAUUUCAUUUUCAGGCGUCUUCUUUUUCAGAAUGACUUAGUGUAUCAGUCAGGGUCCAAUCAAGAGAAAGGCACCACUUCAGUUAUUUCCUGUAUGCGCAGUCAGCGUAAUAAAUGGCUAUCCAUUUUGGGAGAAUGAAAAGGAAGAGGACAAUGAGGUAUCAUGACGGUGCUAACUGCAAGGCGUGGCUCUCACAGCUAUGGAUGGAAGCAACAGAGAAAAGAGGUGCGAAAACCCAGAACUCCGAAGCUUCGCAGCAGCUCUGUGGAGCUGGGACUUCCCCUCUGGUGGGGGCGCUGCUGUACAAGGGCAGGCGCCUCCGGAGCUCUGGGGGGCGGCGCCUGGAGCGGGAUGCAGCCAUCGCUGAGGAUGGGGCGCUGCUGGUCCUGCUGGCUCUGCGGCUGUGAGCUCACUAUGGAAGGCCUGGGAGGGCGGUGAGCGGCAGCGUCUGGAGCAAUCUCGCACUAUCCAGGCACCAACCAGGUACCAGGCAGGCACUGCUUUAGUCUGCCCUACUGGCCAAGCAGGUGUGCCAACCAACCUCCAGACCCCGCACCACAAAGCAGAGAAUUAGAAGAUUGGGCUUAACCUGAGAAAUAACGGCCGAGUCAUCAGUUGACUUGGCUUUCUUGAAUGUACGCUUGAGUUAGUUUUGAACUUAGAUGGUUUAGGAAUCGUUUGGGGGUGAUUUGGUUUGAACUCUGGGCCUGGGAUCAGAAUGAAUCCCCGCAGUGUGGAGGAGUUAGUCAGCAUCCCCUGAAGGGGAUUUCUCGCUUAGGGCGCAAAAAAUUAGUUUCAGAAUCCAAAAAACAAAAACGAAGUCAUGCAUCUCAGUCUGUUCAUAUUCUUUGACAGAGGCAAGAAAGAGCUAGACCUCAGGUGGGGAGACUCAGCAAAAUUGUCCAGCAGUGUUGUUCUUGGAAAAGUUUCAUCCAGUGAAGCCAUGCGCUGGGGCCUCCCUCUCCCACCCCCUUCCCUACCAACAAAGUAUCUUUCUGCAUAGUGUUCCAAAUCUGUCAACAAGUUAUUCUUUGUACAACAAAAUAAAGUUCUUCAAUCUACAGGAAAUCA